AUGAUACGAUCGUCGCUCGGAGCGACGCUCAAGGCGUCGAUGAGGUUCAACGACCUCAUCUUCGUCUCCCAGGGAAGGGAGCUCCCCGCACAUCGCCUUGUCGUGAUGACACGUUCGCCGGUCUUGGAGAAGUUAAUCCAGUUAGGCGAGCUGGCCGAGGUCGGCGGGAAGUGCAUGAUCCAGGUGAACUCGGCGUUCUCAUCGUCCGCGGUUGAGUACUUGCUGGAGUACCUUUACACAGAGAGCUAUGCCUGCCCAUUCGCAAUGGCAACAAAGAAUGAGCCAGUCCACUCGGCAACCAGUGCCUUGGAGCUCACUGAUGGAGACACCAACAAGCUCAAGGCCAACAACGACACUGCUACGAUUGUCGGUGACCUCAUCUCGUUCAACGAUGAAGAGAUGGGUCCGGUAGUCGAUAGCGCCUUGGUCCACGCUGGUGACUCUGCUGGUUCUUCCCAGGAGAAGAGCAAGAGCCUGGUUGUCCAGGGAGCUUUGAUUCAGCACCUCCAUGUCCUCGGACUUGCCAACAUGUACCAAGUCCGCGCGCUUGCCGACGUCGCCCGCGGCUAUAUAGCCAACAUCCUUUCACACGUGUUUUCGGUUGGCCCUGCCUUGCAGGUCAUCGAGGUGAUGAAGACGACUGACAAGUUCGACGGACAGGUUUGGGACUUGCUUCGCAGCUGCAUCAUGCCCCACGUCCAGAGUCCUUUCGCUCGGCGUCUUCUCGGCGAAGUCUUCAUUUUAUGCGACAAGAAUCGGAGCGAUGCCCUGUGCCAAAAAAGCAUCAACGACAAUCUUAAAUCUAGGGGACGUCUAUACUGCCACAGACUUUAG